GGCAGUGGCAGGUGAAGCUGAGCUGACUACGCGGCCAGGGGCGCUUGUGAAGCGGUUCCUGUGGUGGCUAGAUUGCUGCUCUGCCGUGGCUAUGUCUUUUUUCCUUUUAGUGUGCCUUGUAACAUUUUGUUGAAAGCCAGAAAUGAUGUACUGUCUAUAAAGAACUGAGGAUUUCAGUUUGUUGAAAUGAGCAGUCGUAAAUCAAAGAGUAACAACUUAAUACAUGCAGAGCUCCUUUCACAGGUACAAAGAGUUUUACGGGAAAGAUUUUGUCAUCAAAGCCCACAUAGUAACUUAUUUGGAGUACAAGUACAAUACAAACACUUAAUUGAGCUGCUAAAAAGAACUGCUAUCCAUGGAGAAAGUAACUCUGUUCUCAUUAUUGGGCCCCGAGGAUCAGGAAAGACCACGUUAAUAAACCAUGCUUUGAAAGAACUAAUGGAAAUAGAAGAAGUGAGUGAGAAUGUAUUACAAGUUCACCUAAAUGGACUGCUGCAGAUCAAUGAUAAAAUUGCCCUAAAGGAAAUCACAAGACAGUUAAAUCUGGAAAAUGUAGUUGGAGAUAAAGUUUUUGGAAGCUUUGCUGAAAACCUUUCAUUUCUUCUGGAAGCUUUGAAAAAAGGUGACAGGUCUAGUAGUUGCCCAGUGAUCUUCAUAUUAGAUGAAUUUGAUCUUUUUGCUCAUCAUAAAAACCAGACACUCCUCUAUAAUCUUUUUGACAUUUCUCAGUCUGCACAGACUCCACUAGCAGUUAUUGGUCUUACAUGUAGAUUGGAUAUUUUGGAACUCUUAGAAAAAAGAGUGAAGUCACGAUUUUCUCACCGGCAGAUACAUUUAAUGAAUUCAUUUGGUUUUCCACAAUAUCUUAAAAUAUUUAAAGAACAAUUAUCUCUACCUGCAGAAUUUCCAGACAAGCUCUUCACUGAGAAGUGGAAUGAGAGCAUUCAGUGUCUCACAGAAGAUAGAAGUGUGCGAGAAGUACUACAAAAGCAUUUCAAUGUCAGCAAAAACCUGCGGUCAUUACACAUGCUAUUGAUGCUUGCUUUAAAUCGCGUAACAACAUCACACCCAUUUAUGACUGCAGCAGAUAUGAUGGAGGCCCACCAGUUCUGUAGCAUGGACUCUAAAGCAAAUAUCGUACAUGGUCUGUCAGUCUUGGAAAUCUGUCUUAUAAUAGCGAUGAAACAUUUAAAUGACAUCUAUGAAGAGGAGCCCUUUAAUUUUCAAAUGGUCUAUAAUGAGUUUCAGAAGUUUGUUCAAAGGAAGGCCCAUUCUGUUUAUAAUUUUGAGAAACCUGUUGUCAUGAAGGCUUUUGAACACUUACAACAAUUAGAAUUAAUAAGGCCCAUGGAAAGAACUUCAGUAAAUACACAGAGAGAGUACCAGCUGAUGAAACUACUUUUGGAUAAUACUCAAAUUAUGAAUGCUUUGCAGAAAUACCCCAACUGUCCUACAGAUGUUAGGCAGUGGGCAACAUCCUCACUAAGCUGGUUAUGAACAUAACCAGUGGCUUCACUUAUGGAGUUUCAGGCAUACUUCUCUAAGGAACUAAAAGCUAUUGUCCUUUAACAAGAUAUGUUAUUACAUUUUCUUAUAUUUAUAAAACUGUAUUUUUGUAUUUAUGGGAGACUGUUAUACAUGUAGGUCUUGGCUGUGUCUUGCCUUUGAAUCAUGAACAGUUACAUGAUUUAUAAUUCCAGUGGUUUAGAUUAUAUUGUAAGAGUUCAAAGAAAUAAAUGUGACUGUUUUAGGAAAUGAACCAUAUGCUUAUUUAACACUUGUCAAGUA